AUGUCGCAGCACGACUCUCGCGUCCACUCCGGCGACGCAGCAGCUCACUCCGCCCAGACACGCACCUUCCAGCAAGCCAUGGCGGGCAGGUCCGACGCUAAGUUGACGUCGGGAGGAGGAGCGGGGCCCGCCUCGACCGCCUCCUCGACCUCUCCCACCUCUUUCCCUCCGUCUUCCUCUCCUCCCUCGUCGAGCGGCACGACCUCGACCUUCCACUCAGCUCACGAUGCACCUCACGCGACGAAAACACCCUCGAACAGCGAGAAGGACGGGAGGGAGAAGGGCUGGAGGUGGGGACCUGCGAGGAUGGAAAAGGGAGAUGAGGGAGGUCAUGCUUGA